AUAUGUAUAAAGGGCAGCCCACUGGAGCAACACCUACAGUUUUAUCUUCUUCAAACCAAAUGGCGGUAGUAAUCCGUAGCGCUUGCUUCCUUGCCGGUCCAUAUUGUGUCACUUCUCCACCGUCCGAUCUCGUCAUCUCCGGCAAUCUUCAUCUUCCCGGGAAAUUGGAUUCACUUUUGUUUAAAGUGGAAAGGUUUGCAACAUCAUUUGGAGAUGCCUCCAGUGUACCAUCUCCUUUUCGCCACAAGUUAGCAAAGACCGAAGGUGUACAUCUGAGGCCUGCAGUGCAAGGAGAAGUCAUUCAAAUAUCAGGUAUGAUGGGUGAUUUAAAAUUGAGAUCCUCGGCAAUGGCAUUUUUUGUUAAUGCCUUGAUGUGGACUACCCCUUUUGAAGCUUUAGCUGAAACAUGUGAGGCUGACAAUUCUUUCUUCAACAUGCCUUUGCUACUAUUUGUGGCUCUCAUAGGAGCUACUGUUGGAGGAUUGCUUGCACGACAGAGGAGAGGGGAGUUGGAACGGCUGAAUGAACAAUUGCGCCAAAUCAAUGCAGCUCUAAGGAGGCAGGCUAAAAUUGAGUCCUACGCCCCCAGCUUGAGUUAUGCUCCUAUUGGUAGUAGAAUUGCAGAGAAUGAAGUGAUUGUUGAUCCAAGAAAGCAGGAAUUGAUUUCUCGGUUAAAAACUGGAAAGAAUUUUUUGAGGAAUCAAGAUCCAGAGAAGGCAUUUGUAGAGUUUAAGACAGCUCUUGAGCUUGCUCAGAGUCUAAAGGAUUCAAUAGAGGAGAAGAAGGCUGCAAGAGGUUUAGGGGCCUCACUGCAAAGGCAGGGAAAGUAUCGUGAAGCCAUUAAAUAUCACUCAUUGGUUCUUGCGAUCUCUGAACGAGAAGGAGAGAACUCUGGGAACACAGAGGCUUACGGGGCAAUAGCAGAUUGUUAUACUGAACUUGGAGACCUUGAGCGUGCUGGCAAAUUCUAUGACAAGUACAUUGCAAGGUUGGAAACAGACUGAGGGGUUUACACGUCCUGAUCAUUUUAUCUUUAUCAGUAGGGUAGAUCAUCAUAGAGGCUCUGCAUGCAGAUGAGUUAGUUCUUUCUUUUUUUUUUUCAUCACAAGUUUGUAACCAAGUUAACCACCCAAUGCAGAAUGACACCUCUAGUUAAUUUAUUUGGUAUUAUUAAUUUGUUUUUCAUCGGUCACUGUUUAAUCUGCUAUAAUAGAUUUAGCAACCACUUGCUCAUA